AUGGCUGCAGCGGGGCUGGCGCAGCUCCAGGUGGUGUUCGAGGACGUCGCUCUGUAUUUCACCCGGGAGGAGUGGGAGCUCUUAUCCCAGCCAGAGAAGCAGCUGUACCAGGAUCAGAUGCUGAGGAAUUACCAGGCCCUUGUUUCGUUGGGCUAUUCAGAUUCCAAACCAGACUUAAUCCACCGGAUCGAGAUAGGGGAGGCAGAGCUCUGGAUCUGGGAUGCUGAGGACUCCAGGGAAAGCUCAGGGCCUGAGAGCCCCUCCUCAGGGCUCGGGAUUCUGGGGGGAACGAAGACACAGUCUGAGUGUGGGGAGAGCACGGCAGGGACGCAGGAUCCAACGGCCCACAGGGGGAUCCAUGCACAGGACGCAGUCCCUCCCCGGGGUAAACUCAGCCAGAGACCAGACCUGGCUACACACCAGAGACUCCCCACGGGCUGGCGUCCCCACUGCUGCAUCGACUGCAGCAAGAGAUUCAGCAACCGCUCCGCGCUGACCCAGCAUCGGUGCAUGCACCCCAGGGAGCGGCCAUACCGCUGCGCUGACUGCGGCAAGAGCUUUGCAGAGAGCUCAAAGCUGAGAAUACACCAGCGCACGCACACCGGGGAGCGGCCAUACACCUGUGCUGACUGCGGCAAGGGCUUUGCACAGAUUGCACACCUGAGAGCACACCAGCGCACGCACACCGGGGAGCGGCCGCACCACUGUGCUGAGUGCGGCAAAGGCUUUACACAGAUUUCACACCUUAGAGUCCAUCAGCGCACGCACACCGGGGAGCGGCCACACCGCUGCACCGACUGCGGCAAGAGCUUUGUACAAUUCACACACCUGAGAACACACCAGCGCGCACACACUGGGGAGCGGCCAUACCGCUGUGAUGAUUGUGGCAAGAGUUUCACCAGUGCCAGUGUGCUCACCAUACACCAGCGCACACACACUGGGGAGCGACCGCACUGCUGCGCUGACUGCGGCAAGGGCUUUGCACAGAUCACACAGCUGAGAAUGCACCAGCGCACGCACACCGGGGAGCGUCCACACCACUGUGCUGACUGUGGCAAGGGCUUUGCACAGAUCGCACAGCUGAGAAUGCACCAGCGCACGCACACCGGGGAGCGGCCAUAUCACUGCACCAACUGUGGCAAGAGCUUUGCACACAACUCAAGCCUGAGAAUACAUCAGCGCACACACACCGGGGAGCGGCCACACCGCUGCACCGACUGCGGCAAGAGCUUUGUACAGCUCACACACCUGAGAACACACCAGCGCACACACACUGGGGAGCGGCCAUACCGCUGUGAAGAUUGUGGCAAGAGUUUCACCAGUGCCAGUGUGCUCACCAUACACCAGCGCACACACACUGGGGAGCGGCCAUACCGCUGUGAUGAUUGUGGCAAGAGUUUCACCAGUGCCAGUGUGCUCACCAUACACCAGCGCACACACACCGGGGAGCGGCCACACCGCUGCACCGACUGCGGCAAGAGCUUUGUACAGUUCACACACCUGAGAACACACCAGCGCACACACACUGGGGAGCGGCCAUACCGCUGUGAUGAUUGUGGCAAGAGUUUCACCAGUGCCAGUGUGCUCACCAUACACCAGCGCACACACACUGGGGAGCGACCGCACUGCUGCGCUGACUGCGGCAAGGGCUUUGCACAGAUCACACAGCUGAGAAUGCACCAGCGCACGCACACCGGGGAGCGUCCGCACCUCUGUGCUGACUGUGGCAAGGGCUUUGCACAGAUCGCACAGCUGAGAAUGCACCAGCGCACGCACACUGGGGAGCGGCUGUAUCACUGCACCAACUGUGGCAAGAGCUUUGCACACAACUCAGGCCUGAGAAUACAUCAGCGCACACACACUGGGGAGCGGCCGUACAGCUGUGAUGUGUGUGGCAAGAGUUUCAUCAGUGCCAGUGUGCUGACCGUACACCAGCGCGCGCACACCGUGGAGCGGCCACACCGCUGUGGCAACUGUGGUAAGAAGUUCAGCAGUACCGACAAGCUGACCCAGCACCAGCGCACCCACACCGGGGAGCAGCCGCACCGCUGUGCUGACUGCGGGAAGGGAUUUUCACAGAUCUCAUACCUGAGAAGACACCAGCGCACGCACACCGGGGGGGAACGGCCACACCGCUGUGCUGACUGCGGCAAAGGCUUUGAAUAUAUCUCAACCCUGAGAGUACACCAGCGCGCGCACACCAAGGAGCGGCCAUACAGCUGUCCCAAAUGUGGCAAGAGCCUCAGCAGCGCCCAUGCAGUGACCAAACAUCAGACCACGCACACCGGGGAGCGGCCAUUCCAGUGCAGUGUCUGCGGCAAAAGCUUUGCACACAGCUCACAGCUAAAAAUACACCAGCGCAUUCAUACUGGGGAGCAGCCGUACAGCUGUGCUGACUGUGGCAAAUGCUUUUCUCAGUUGGGCAACCUCACCCGGCACCAGCAGGAGGACGUCACGGCCAAUGUGAUGCACCAGCUCCGCAUCAUCCGGCACUUGCACCAGAUGCCCGAGGCGCUGCAGGGACUCUGCCUCUGA